AUGAGUGAUUAUAGUAGCGAUGAAGACACAACUUGUCCAAUUUGCUGUGAAGAUUUGGAUAUCACAGAUAAACAUUUUCAACCUUGUCCCUGCGGAUUUAAAAUAUGUUCGUGGUGCUGGAACAAGAUAGACAACUCCAGUAAACGUUGCCCAGCAUGUAGAAGAGAAUACGAAAAAUCAAAUAUUGAAUUUACUCCACCAGAUCCAGAAUUAAUCCAACAAGAGAAGAAACAAAAGGAGAAAAAGAAAAAACCACACAUCAACAGAAAACAACUAGCUAACGUCAGGGUGAUACAGCGUAAUUUAGUAUAUGUUGUUGGUUUAACACUCUCCGUUGCUAAACACGAUUGGUUAAAACAUACAGACAAUUUCGCAAAAUAUGGUAAAAUUAAGAAAGUAGUCAUCAACAAGAGUAAUUUACACAAUUCAUCACACAUAGCACCGAAUAGAACUCCUACAGUUAGUGCUUAUAUAACCUAUGUUCGGAAGGAGGAUGCAUAUAAAGCCAUAAGAGCUGUGGAUAAGACCUAUCUUGAUGGCAAACAACUUCGCGCAUCUUUUGGAACAACAAAGUACUGUGCAUAUUUUUUGAAAGGUAUUGCCUGUACCAAUCCCGACUGUAUGUAUCUGCAUGAAUAUGGAAAUGACGAGGAUACUUUCAAUAAGGACGAAAUUGUAUUAAGAAAUGGCCUGCCAGUUCCACAUAAUUUAGAGAAGAUGUCUCAAUUUUACCCUCCAGAUGAUGAUUCUCAGCCAAUAGAAAAACAUUUCUGGAAGUAUCCUAACUCUAAUAGAGAACCUGAGGAUGAUGAGUCAAAUGAUGAAUCGGAGUCAUCUAUCGGAGCUUCUCAUAGCAGAAGUAAUAGCGGAAUUCGCCAUUAUGACGAUGAUGAUGGCAUUGACGAUGACCAAAUAACAGAGGACGACGAUGACAUACAAGAUGACGAAGAUGAAGAAUAUGCUGAAGAGACAAUAGUGAAUGCUGGGGGAGGAGUACAAUUAGCGAGAUCAUCACGAGCAAACGGCUCUGCUUCAGGAAGCAACAGUCGAAGACAUGAUCCUUACCAUGAUCACACUAUUGACGAUUAUUAUUACGGCGGUGAUGAUGAUGAUGAGGAAGUGGACGACGAUCAUGAGGUUCAAACUGAAUAUGCUAACAUUACAACAAAGGUUAUUGACAAUAGCAAAGAGUCAAUUCUUCCAAAGACAGCUCGCUGGGGUCAACAACCAGUUUUACCAGUUACUGCUACAGCCUCUUCCUCUACGACGACAUCAAAUAGCCCUCUUCCAGCUUCAUUAUCUUCGUUAAGUAAUAUAGCUACGAAUAUAACAAAGAGUAAGAAAAAGAAUACAAAUAAGAACAAAAAGAGCAGUAAGAAUAAGAACAAAAACAAGAACAAGUCAACCAAAGCUAAGGAAGCAGAAGGUUCAGAUACAGCAGCCACAAGCUCAACCACUAAUAAUCAAGAUACACAAAACAAUGUCACCACCGAUGCAGCAUCAAGUGGCAGAUCUAGCACAGACCAUAGUAUGGAAGAGGUCACAACAGAGAAUCAAGCUAUCAUUGAGAGCACACAAAUUAAUGAAGAGAUACAGCCUAAAUCUGAACUAGAAGGAUUGGAUGACUCUGUUAUUGAGACACACCCUACCUUGGAAAUGUUGGGAAUUGAGCCUAACCCUCCAUCCGAUGCAGUGACCUCUAGCAUUGGAAGAUCAAAAUUAUUGUCUUUAGUUGAAUCAAGCUCUCCAGCGAAUGUAUCAACAAACAUUAAGAACCCAUUCUCUACUGAUCCUACUCAAGCUUUCUCAUUUACCCAGAUAUCUCAACCACAGCCUCAACAACAACAACAACAACAACAAUACUUUGGAUAUCCUCAACAGGUACAACAGUUAUUUGCUUCAUUCCAAGGAUAUGACCCUUACUACCAGCAAUAUUUUGAUAAUUCUUGGACAAUGUCUUCCUUUGCAGACACAAAACGCACAUCUUCGAGAUUCUUUAAUCAAACAACAGCAGAGACAAAAGAUACACAACAACAACAACAAUUUACUCCACAACCUCCACAAAUGCAACCACCACAAGCACAGCAUUUCCCAAUGAACACAGAUAUGUGGAGCAUGCAAUCUGUCCCUUCAUACCUCUCAAAUCCAUCAAGCCAUCAGAGCAGUAGAUUCUUUGGAGGUGCCAAACAAACAAACAAUAGCCAACCAGAGCAAAACCCUCAAGUUUUCAACAAUGCUGAUCUUCAGAACAGUUUUAGAGCCUUACUUCCCAAUGUAAAUAUUACAUUUGCAAGCCAAAAUAACAACACAAGUGAAGCAUCUCAAACCUCUGCUGACUGGGGAUAUUCAAAAUUUGUCAAUCCGACACCGAUGGCCAACGAGUCUGCUCCAAUUCCUCCAAGCUUGUACUCCCCUCAAUAUUCAGACUUUUUCACUCAACGUAUUCCUCAACAACAAACCACCAACAAUGCUUCAUGGAGCUGGAAAUAA